AUCAAAACACGCAGGCAAGACAACAUCAAAACCAAAGACUCAGUCAGUGUCUCUCUCUUUCUCUCUCUCUCUCUCAACAUUGAAACUGACCCCUCCUGAGUCUCCACACUUUCUGUGGCAUUUUGUUUGUUGUUUCUUGUUCAUGAUCACAGUAUAUUUGUUGUAAGAUUGUGGAAAAAAGAAACCCAUUUUCUUGGUGAGGUAGUUGGGAUUUGUUAACCGAUCAUUGUGCUCUGUUCAUGCCAUUAGAGAAAAGGGAGGAAAAAUCGAGAAUUAGAGCACUUUUUUUUUUGUUGGGAGUUAUUGAUAAUGGAUUAUUAUCAGUUAUUGAGUUCUAAUUCUUACCAAGAAUCCCUUUUGGCCCUUGAAUCAGACAUUCGUCAUGCCAAUCUGUUGGCUGCUUCUAUUUCAAGAACAAGUAAGCAUGCUUGUUUACAGUUGAAAUUGGUCUACAAUCACCUGGCACCGGCAUUUCUAUUUCUGCUGCAAUGGCUGGAUUUCUCGUGCACUUGCUUGCUUCCCAGCUACCUAAACUUGUUCCAUAUUGUCGUAUACGAGGUUUCUUGUUUGCUUCUCGAUGUGCUUUUUUCCCAUCUUAGCAUUUGAGAUCUACUUUGAGGAACAUUUUCUGCGAUUUUUGGUCUCAGGUUACAUCUGAUGGGAAGCACAAGCUCACCUCACCUGGAAAGAGAGCGACAAUCAGAGAAUUUUACGGUAUGGAGGCCGACCUUAAAGUAUACAUGAUCUUGCAGAUUAUGUGAUCUAUUAUGCAUAAAUUACCUUGCAGAUUAGAUGAUCUGAAGAAUAUGCAAUCUAUUGUCAGUUUGUAGUUAUUGCGCUGUUUUUUUUUUGUCAUUCUGGGACUGCAAUGUUGGUCCUGUUUCUUACUAUUGCUAGUUCUGCAGCUAUUAUAUUACCCUCGCUUCAAUGCCUGAACGAUAACUUAUCAGAGAUACAAAGUAAUAUGGAGAAAGGCCAGAACUUAAAAAUGAUGGUCAAGAACAGUAAAUUUGGAGGAAUUAGCAAGCGCCUUGAUUGCGAUUCAGAUAGAGAAGAUGAAUGUGGGAUCUGUUUAGAACCCUGCACAAGAAUGGUGCUACCCGACUGCUGCCAUGCAAUGUGCAUCAAUUGCUACCACGACUGGAGUCUAAGAUCAGCUUCAUGCCCCUUUUGCCGAGGCAGCCUGAAGCGAGUAAACUCCGGCGACCUGUGGGUUCUCACAUGUGACAAAGAGGUAGCUGAUAGGGAAAGUCUAGUGAAGGAGGAUAUGCUGCGGUUUCACCUUUAUAUAAAUAGUCUUCCUAAAGAUACUCCUGAUGCGCUUUUCUUGGUUUAUUAUGAGUACUUGAUCUAGUGGAAUAAAAGAGGCAAAAAAAAAAAAAAAAACAGACAAGGCUGGAGAGAGGAUCGAUCAGCUAAGAACACCAAAACUGGUUUUCAACUCAGCUAAUGGGAGAGCUUUUGCAGAAACAUUUCUCCCAUAGGAAAGUGUCAUCAAUCUCCCACAAACUUUGCUGUUCAAUUCUUUUACAUUUAUCUUUAUCUCGGCAUGGAAUGUGCCAUUUAGCAUAGGUCACUGGAGAUUAGGCUGGAAAGAUUCAUUUAUCAUGUACCAAAACAGGGGUGUUCGACAGUAACCCUUUUUGUAACACGGAUAGCAAAUCUACUGAGAAUGAUGAAAUAAUACAGAAGCAUCAUAAGUGCUGAUCUAUUUAACUAUAAAUAUACCAGAUGCACAUUUCUCUUAAUUGUGAUCCUUAAGACGAAAUGAGAAGCUGAUAUUGAUGUAGUGAAAGAUGGCACACUACAUUUGCAUUUGCAGCCAAAAGCAAUCUAUAUAUUGCCAAAAGAAAAUGAAACCUCGCAUAAGCAGAUCAUUUAGGUUACAGAGUAAUAAGCAUUCCCGUCAAAAUGUGUCCGUAGCAUUACUUCUAAAGGCAAAACUCAAUUGCGAGAAUCUCACCAUCUACUAUGUGGACUUUGGCAACUCCCGCCUGAGUACAAUAUCAGAACAAGAGCCCUAACAUGGAAGAGGCUCGUGCCGAGGCUCUUUGUCCAUAAUCGUCAUAAAAAGUCAAUUCCAUCUCAAACUUCUAGAGCAGCUGCAGCUACUUCCAGAUUGACAGCUUCUACAUGAAACCUAGUUAUUCUCCAUGAACUGCGCAAGCAGAUAAUGAAUAAAUUCUCUGAGCAUCCAAAUACAAAGGAAGACUAUUCAAGGUCCACUUCGAUCCCCGCAGUGUGGAACGGCUGCUCUUUCCAGCUUGCUAGAUUAAGUGCAGUUAUCCUGUGUGUCCAUAACAGAAGUACAUAAUGCCGUAUGUUCUUCUCAAUGUACGAGUGGGAAAUGAAACAAUUCAUCAGGCAUUUCUGUUUUUGAUUCGUACUGUAUCUGUCUAUGAUGCUGCUAAAUCCAAAAAUUGCACUUUGAUAUAAUAGCAAUGUCAAACAGCUACUAGCCCACUUCCAAAGUGUUCCUUCAAAAAGCAGUUAUAUCAUUCAACAACAAUUGGGCUUAAAUUCGGUGUCACCCAUCAGAGGGGAAAAUGAGCAAAGGUUUCCCCAAUCAUAUAUUAAUCCAAACAGUUUAGGAUAACAGUUAUUCUUCAUGAGUACGUUUCAGAUGUUCAAAACACUGUCAACACAAGGUGUUUCCACUUGGAGACCUUUCUGCACCAUUAGCUUCUCCAACUUAGCAGCUUCCAGUAUAUGUUUUUCUUCAGAAAGUGCAACCAAAAGAAUUGAAUAGAGAUCAGUAUCAAUAGUGACGUUUCCUGACUUCUCGAUUGCUUCAUACAAGUGAAAAGCAUCUAACGGCCUACCUGCUAAACAAAGCUGCCUCAUAACAGUACUUGAAGCAGCACCAUCAGGCCUGAAUCCUCGAGCCAACAUUUUCUUGAAAAUCAUCUCUGACUCUUCAAUGUAUCCAAUCUGCC